CUUGGGGAACCGCUCUCCCUAUACGUCAAUGCAGCGACGUACCUAUCACUGGGUCGUUACAAGGUCAUAAAUAUUUGUAAAUAUUUGCAGAUAAAUUACUGAAAUGUAUUUUGUAAGCACUUACAGUUUUCUAUAAACUCUUUUGAGGGAGAGCUAUCUCCUACCCGGAAACCUCCAACUUGUACAUUUUUUAUUUGCCAUUUGUGCUUAUUUGUUGCACAAAUGAUUGAAAAUAUCGAUGGAAAUUUAGUUUUUCAAGAUCUUCUACGUCUAAGAAAGAAGUAGUGCAGAAUUGCCUCGAAAUAACCAAGUGGUCUUUGCUUCAAAAUACGCAACACGGUAUCCCCUCUUCUUUGCUUGAAGUCGCUCGCAAAGUGAGAGGUCCGAGAAAUGAGUGAGAGGUCCGUUUCUACGAGUCCCGAGCGAGUUGCUUAUUUCGAGGCAAUCCUGUAGAUGGCAACGCGGUCCUUUCCCCCCACCACGCCAAUGCUGUCGCAUUUUCAAAUUUCACUGGCAUCGACAAUUCAAUUAGUGCAACGAGUGGGAAAACAUCACUCCAAAUAUGGCUUCCGAAAACGACAACGCGUGUCCACAAGAUAAAAGCGGUGAUGUACAACCGCAACCGGAGCCGCUGUUGCAGCUGCGGUUGCAACCGCAAGAUAUGCCGCAACCGCUGUUGCAGAUACUGCAAAUGCAGCAGCAGCAAAUGCUGCAGAUGCAGGAAUUGCUGCAAAAAAUAGAACAGCGGCAGGAGGAACAUGCUCAGUAUAUUGUAAAUCGUUUUUCCGCACCCAGUACCACAGCAACAGCCGCACGUACAACCGGCAGGAUAUACACUGAAUGAGCUGUACGAGCCUGAGGUGCAAAACUCAUACAGGGCAAAACAGCAGCUAAUUCGCCAGUACAGGCGAAAAAUGAAUCGGCUGCGGCGUGAAACAGCGCCAUGGUCCAGCCGCGACCGCGGCCGCGGUUGCGGGAACGGCAAUGGAGACGGUCGUGGUCGCGACUGU